GUUUUUUAAACCACUAACGUGUGAACAGCGCUUUGUCAACGCGGACGCAGCUUUGCGUUAGAGUUUGAAUGGCGUCGGUUACUCGCUUUGAAUGCUACAUUAGGAGUGUUUGCUAACAGAAGCUAUGGUGCUUUAGCCAUGUCGCUAACUGUUAACAAUGACCCCCCACUCAGCGACUGGGUAGCCUGCGACCAGACAAUGUCCCCGUGUGGAGCGAGGCAAAGGUCAACUCUCUGUCAGACAUGCGAUGAGCAGCAUGUAGCAUUUUAACUAGCUUGUCCCCAACCUGUUGCACAGUUUCAGUCUUCCCAGGCAUGGAGAGACCCAGAGGAGUUGAAGGGGAAACCGCAGCCUGAUUGAAGUUUCCAACCCAAACAGAUAGUUUUUCUACAUUUUCUUAGUUUUUUUUUAAAAGAGGAGGAGUUUUGGCCGUCAAAUCAAGUCCACACAUGCUGAUUUGACACGACAAAAGCAAGCCACACUCUGCAUCACAGUGUGGUCCACCAGCCGGCUGAUAUAAUGGUUGCAGAGGACGCAGCAGAAAGUGGGGACAGAUCGGACGCAGAGAAAGAGAUGGACCUGAAAGGGCUGGAAUCUGAGGCGGCUGAUGGACACCUAGACAAAGAUGUGGAGACCGUCGUCUCUGCUUCCGAGGCGCCGUCUCCCUCCGAUGCGCCCAAAGAGGAAACCCUGGACCCCAGAACGUGGAAGUGGGCCGUGAUAUUUUUGUGCUUCUAUGGUUUUAUGUCAUCAAUUAGGCCAGGGGAGCCUUUCAUCACCCCAUAUCUGCUCAGCCCCGAGAAGAACUUCACCAGGAAACAGGUGACCAAUGAGAUCACCCCUGUGCUGACGUACUCCUACAUGGCGGUGCUGGUGCCGGCCUUCCUCCUGACGGAUCUCCUGCGCUACAAGCCGGUCCUCGUCAUCCAGGGCAUCAGUCUGGUGGUCAUUUGGCUCAUUCUGCUCCUCGGCACCAGCCUCCUUGAGAUGCAGCUCAUGGAGUUCUUCUACGGCAUCACGAUGGCGUGCCGCGUGGCCUACUCCUCCUACAUCUUCUCCCUGGUCAGCCCCGUCCUCUACCAGCGAGUGGCCGGAUACUCGCGCUCCGCUAUCCUCUUAGGAGUGUUCACCAGCUCCGUGCUCGGCCAGCUCUGCUUGUCUCUGGGCAACAUCAGCUUCUACACCCUCAACGCCAUAUCCCUGGGUUUCGUCAGCUUCGGCCUGCUCCUGUCAAUGUGCCUGCCGUGGCCUAAACGCUCCCUGUUUUUCAACCAACUGCGGAAUAAGGAGCAAAGGGAACUGGCUGCGUCGGCUGCCGCCAAAUCCGAACUGGACCAAAUGAAGCCUAAAGAGAGUGAGUCAUCCUCGGCAGCGGCUCCGUGCUCCGCGUCACGCUGGAAGGAUUUCGUCUUGGUGCAGAUGCUGUUGGAGGUGAGAAACGUGGUCAAGAAGCCGAACCUGAGGCUGUGGUCCCUGUGGUGGGUGUUCAACUCCACAGGGUACUACCUGGUGUUGUUCUACGUCCACAUCCUGUGGAACAAAGUCUACCCCGCCACUGAGAACAAGAACGUUUACAACGGGGGAGUGGAGGCAGCUUCUACAUUACUGAGUGCAGCGACGUCCUUCGCGGCGGGAUACGUAAAGAUCCGAUGGAACGUGUGGUCGGAGCUGGUCAUCGCUGUCAUCACAGCGGUGCAGGCGGGUCUGCUGCUCCUCAUGGGCACCACAGACAACAUCUGGGUGUGCUACGCUUCUUACGUCCUCUUCAGAGGCUUCUAUCAGUUCCUGGUGCCGAUUGCCACUUACCAGAUCGCCUCGUCUCUCACCAAGGAGCUGUGUGCACUGGUGUUUGGCAUCAACACCUUCCUGGGGACCAUACUGAAGAGCAUCAUCAUCCUCAUAUUUGCUGACAAGAGGGGCCUGGCACUGGAUGUGCAGUCUCAGUUCCUGGUGUUCUUUAUUUACUUCGUCCUUAUCACCAUCGUCUACUUUGUCUGCGCUACUGUGGUCAUCAUCCGUCACUAUAGAAACCAGCCCAGAGAAGGAGGCGUGGCCAACGAUCAGGCCUCACCCACAGAGCUCAGUCCCAUGGGAGUAAAUUCAGAGCCAGAACCUUUUUCUAACGGCAAAAGUGCCCAAGCGUAACGUCGAGAAAGACGUAGCUUAGCUGCUUUCAGACGUGCACCGAGGUCCAGACAUUUUUUCUGCCUCGAGUAAAAGUCUGGGAAAUGUCCGAGUGAGCCCAAUGUGAGAAUGGAGCAGGAAAAUGUCCAGAAAAUUCAUAGCGAGCGAGUGGAGGUGUUGAUGUCAUUUCUAACACGCGUCGGUACAAAACUGGAAGAAUUCAAAUACCUCAGGAUGAAAAAGAAGACACCAACAACAAUGUCAACUUGGGAAUACAACGAGAUUCGAGAGCUUCUGGUGGUAAGCGCCGACGUGUUGUAAAUAUACACACGUGAUCUCCACAGCGGAAUUUAUACGUCAUGUCCUGUCUCGUACGUGCUCCACCCCCUCGCCUCAAUGUCUGCUGUUGGUGCUGCAUUCUUUACAUGUCAAAACGCAAAUUCCAGGUAAUGUCCGCACCCAAUUUUUCGGACAUUUAGCGGAGUUCAUGUCUGAAAUCGUCUCUUGUGAUGUCGAUGGAGAGGUGCGUUCGCUGCUGAGCCUUAAUCAUAGAAGUGCCUCAUCUUCACAUCUCGGGAGAGUUGUGUAUUUGUUCCUGUUUGGAUGCUGGUUUGUUGUGAGAAGGAAAAUCUUCUGACUCUAUCUCUGCUUCAGUAUAGAGAAAAACCACAAGGGACCAUUGAUGUAAUGGCCAAACUUUAGCUUCUGUUGUAUUUUGUAUAGGAAACGAACCUGAAGCUGUAACAUUAUGAGCUGUCCUCUUUCAAUUCAUUACUGUGUGAUCACUAAAAUGACUUUUGGAUCAUUAGCCUUGUUUUUAUCAUCGACACUCCUGACGCACUUAAUGUUAGAUAAUAACUUUGUUAGUGCCAAAUGAAAACAAUCGACCACAUCAGUAUAAUUACUCUUUACAUAUGAAUACUUUUCACUUCACAUUGUUAUAAAAUCUGAUUAUGAAGGGUACUUUCUUACGACUGAGUAUUAGGGCCACGUCAAGAAAAACAAAAAUCAUAGAUCUAGGGAAUAAAAUCUUAACAUUACGAGAAUGAAGUCGUAAUAAUGACAAUUUUUGUGGGUCCUCGGUACAGGAUAUAUUUUUUUUUAAAUACUUUUAUUGUUGAAAUAUUAGGACUUUUUUCUAAAAUUAUUACCACUUAAUUUUUGUAAUAUUACAGCUUUUUCUCUUUUAAAUUAUCACUUUAUUCUCUUAUUAAAUCAGACAUUUUCUUUGAUUUCGUUUCUGAAAUUGAUGGCUUUUUUUCUCAGUAAAUUAAGACUUUAAUAUGACGUUUUUCAAAUUAAAUUGCAAUUUUAUUCUUGCAAUAUAACUUUAUUCUUAUUACCCUAUUUUAAUGUUAGCUUUUCUUUAAUGUGACCCUAAUGCUCCGUCUGCAGAUUUUAUGGUGAUUUGAUUUUUAAAUGAUUUUUUUUAUCUGUUGUAACACUGAUAAUGUUGAUCUUUGACGACCAUUUGUAAUGUAGAAACAUACAGUACAGAAUAUGUUGAGUAGGAAAAAAUCUCAUAUGAAACUUUAUCGCCAGAUUGGUUUUCUUCAGUAUCUCAGUCAAUAUUCCUGCUGCUAAUUCUCUGCCUGGUACUUAUGAGGAGAAGAACCUCAGAGACGAGCUUCACCUCCUCAAACCAGGGUCAAAACUCAGCUAUUUUUACAAUCAGAAACUGAAGAGGCGCUGGUGUCCGGCCCGAGGGAAACAUGGGAAUCUAACACACGUUCAGGGUUAGGGUUAGUUGAAUACUUCUCACACUAGUUUCUGUUUGUCUCGUUAACUGAGCUUUGACUUUACAUUCACAAUGUAUAGAUAUGUUUUAUUUUGAUUGAAAUAGUUUCUGAGAAAUGAUGAAACUGUGAAUCUGUCUGAAUGCUGUAAAAGGAAAACUGAUAUUUGAUAUUACUGAUUGUAUUCACAAAUAAAUGACAUUUGGUGGAUUAAA